CCAAGUCGUGCCAAAGGAAAAAAAAAAAACCCCUAUCAACUUUUUCUUUCUUGAACCUUAAUUAGACCAACCAUUUUACCCCUUCGCACCGCAUCAUAAAACCCUAGAGAACUUUCAUCUUCUUCCCUCAUCCUGCUACGGUGGUAGCUGCAAGGGUAUAAUUGAAGAGGCAGACUGAUUAUGAAAAUGGUGGACAGGGCAAAGGGAAGAAAGGAAGAAGUGGUUACCCGGGAGUACACAAUCAACCUCCACAAGAGACUGCAUGGAUGUACGUUCAAGAAGAAGGCUCCUAAGGCCAUCAAGGAGAUAAAAAAGUUUGCACAAAAAGCUAUGGGGACAAAUGACGUCAGAGUGGAUGUCAAGUUGAACAAACAUAUCUGGAGCAGAGGGAUCCGAAGUGUGCCUAGGAGGAUUCGGGUUCGGAUUGCUCGAAGAAGAAAUGAUGAUGAAGAUUCCAAGGAAGAGCUUUACUCUCUUGUCACAGUUUCAGAGAUUCCACCAUAAGGAUUGAAAGGGUCUAGGGACCAAGGGCAUUGAAGAACAUGAGUGAUCUAUAACUGUUAAACUGAUCCUGUACUUCAUAUCCAAGAAACAAGUUUGAAUUAUAGUUUUGGUGAGAGUUCUAUGGAAAACCUUUUACUUAAUUUAUCACGUUUUGGCAUUUUCGUUCUUGUUGUAGUGAACUGCUGUUUUUGGGACCUUUCCCCUGUCAUGACUUAUUUUGACAAGGAUGAAUGGCAUUUUGUUUUCUGCUGCACAAUGCUGGUUA